ACAAAGAAGUUAUAGACUGGAAAAAGUUGGUUCGUAUUUGUAAAGAUCGUUUUGAUGAGCGAUAUAAUAUUUUGUUUGAAGGGAGAGAUGAUACUAGCGCUACAGCAAGGAAUGCUCUCAAACUAAGAGCCGUAGUUGAAAAAAUUAUUGAAAUGUUGGUAAAUAUAAAGGACGAGAUCGAACUAUUGCCGGUGGCCGAGAACCGAACUCCACCGACACCAACGACGUCAACAACAUAUUCUCCGCCGAGAAGUUAUUAG